CUUGGACCAUAUCCAUGUCGGACGCAGAUGACGACGAUUUGCUUUCCUUUGCUGCUUCCUUUUCUUCCCUUCCCCCAGGCUUCCAGAUUCUUGUCUUGGUCCCCAUUGUCCAUUGUCUGAAGGUUGAACGUUCCCUUCCGGCCCGGGAUCCAAUCAUUCAUGAUCGGAUCCAUGAUCCAUAUCCAUUCUAGAAUCCCCCCCCUAAAUGAGGUAAACUAGCCCAGUGGCCACCUUCCAAGAGCCGCCUCAUCCGUCUUCCGAGUGGAGAUUCCCACCUUCUUCUGCUCCUUCUUCGUUUUCUAGUUUCUUACCCCCUUUACCGCCUUUUGUUUGGAUCGACAUCGGCCCAGCCUGUCAUGACCGCCACGGGACGAAUCCGGUCGAACACGUUCAGUUCAUUUCCCCAAUGGGUGGACUCCUGAUGGGUGAGGAUUCCAGCCUAGAGCUGAAGUACUGUAAUAUGUGGCAAUACCACGAAUGACCGUUCGUCUUGUAUGGUUGUGACGGGUGACAUGGUGGGGUCGAAAUGGUUCAACCCAGCAUGGCGGGGUAGUCGGUGACUAAUUGACUUUUGUUGGAUAGCACCACGUUGGUGAGAUCUGGUCUGGUUAGUUUGAUCAUAAUGGGGAGUUUAGCUAUGUGGUGAUAGAGGGUUCAAUUGCAGUGAAGGUCAAU